GGCGACAAGAGAGGGGACCCCUAAGCCGAAACCCCGGCCCUCUCAGAUCCACCCUUGGAUUAGACUCAAGGCAGAGUUGGAGCUGGGCUCCUCGCGGCCUCGCAGGCACGACUGGUCGAGGCGGCCGGGCCCGCCCGCCCCGGGGGUGGGGACGUUCCAUCCGGCCCGCCCUGCGCGCCCUGGGGCGGGGACCGCGGGGCCUUCCGGUGACAAGGCCGCCGCUGGCUACUUCUCCCUCCGGUCCGGCGCCCACCCGCUGGAGCCGAGGGACGCGGCAGGGCUGCGGCGAGCCCCAGGGACGCGGCCGACGGCCCGCCUGCCCCCCAACCCCCAGCUGCUGCCGGCACCCCACCUCCCGGUACCCAGCCGGCCUCCUGGAGGGUGAGGCCCGCCGGCUGAGGCCUCCUCCCUUCCCGCCAGCCGGACGGCUUCGAGGCGCUGCGCCCGGAGAGAGCUGGAAGGGAUUGAGGCCCUAAGGCCCCUCCGCCGAGCCAACCUUUCCAUGGAGGAUGCUGGCAAGGACGCCACCAGAUUCACUGCCCAUUCUCUGCCCAGUGACCCCCGGCUCUUGGCCACCGUGACCAAUGCCUACUUGGGCACACGCGUGUAUCAUGAGACACUGCAUGUGAGCGGCGUGUACAAUGGGGCUUGGGGGGAUACGCACCGGGCGGUUCUGCCCAGUCCCCUCAAUGUCCAGCUGGAGGCCCCUGCAGGAUCAGGAGAGCAGCUGACCAAGACCUUCGUCCUGGACACUAGCACAGGCUCCUUUCUGCACACCCUGGAGGGCCCCAGCUUCCGGGCCUCCCAGCGCAUCUAUGCCCACCGCACGCUGCCUCACGUCCUGGCCUUCAGUGUGUCCAUCACCCGCUUGGCCACAGGGAGCUGGCCCAUCACUGUGCUGCUGCAGUCAGCCUUCUCCCCAGAGAGCCCGGACCUGGACCUGCAUCUGGGUCCUGACUUCCAGGGAGCCCGGUACCUGUACGGCCACACACUCACCCCUGAGCGGCCUGGGGGGGCACAGCAGGAGGUGCACAUGCUGUGGACGCCGGUGCCCCCAGCCUUGACCCUUGGGGAAGGGGAGGAGGAUGGGACGUGGGAGUUCCUGACGGUGGUGGGUGGCAGCCAGGCCGAAGCCCAGGCCUGCCUCGCCGAUGCCCUGCAGCUGCAGGCCAGGCACACUCUCUACAUGGCCCAUGCGCAGGCCUGGGCCCAGCUCUGGGCAGGCUGUGGCCUGGAUGUGGAGGGGCCCCUGCGUCUGCGCCAGGCCCUGCGUGGAGCUCUCUACUACCUGCUCAGUGCCCUGCCCCAGCCCGGGGCCCCAGAAUACGUCUGCCAUGGCCUCAGCCCAGGGGGCCUCUCCAACGGGAGCCGUGAGGAAUGCUACUGGGGCCACGUCUUCUGGGACCAGGACCUCUGGAUGUUCCCCAGCAUCCUGAUGUUGCACCCAGAGGCUGCCAGGGCUCUCCUGCAGUACCGCAUCCGGACGCUCAGCGGGGCCCUGUACAACGCCCAGAACCUAGGCUACCAGGGAGCCAAGUUUGCCUGGGAGAGCGCGGGCUCCGGCCUGGAGGUCUGCCCUGAGGCCAUUUAUGGGACCCAGGAGAUCCACAUCAACGGGGCCGUAGUGCUGGCCUUCCGGCUGUACUACCACACCACCCAGGACUUGCAGCUCUUCCGAGAGGCUGGGGGCUGGGAUGUGGUCAGUGCCGUGGCUGAGUUUUGGUGCAGCCGUGUAGAGUGGAGCCCUGAGGAGGAGAAGUUCCACCUGAAGGGAGUCAUGCCCCCUGACGAAUACCAUUCAGGGGUCAACAACUCCGUGUACACCAACGUCCUGGUCCAGAACAGCCUGCGCUUUGCUGCUGCCCUGGCGCAGGACCUGGGUCAGCCCGUCCCCAACCAGUGGCUGGUGGUGGCUGAUAAGAUCAAGGUGCCCUUUGACCCGAAACUGAACUUCCACCCUGAGUUUGAUGGGUACCAGCCUGGAGAGGCGGUGAAGCAGGCAGAUGUUGUGCUCCUGGGGUACCCCGUCCCCUUCCCCCUGAGUCCUCAAGUUCGCAGGCAAAACCUGGAGAUGUAUGAGGCUGUGACGUCCCCCCAGGGCCCUGCCAUGACUUGGAGCAUGUUUGCAGUGGGCUGGAUGGAGCUGAAGGACCCCGGGCGGGCGUGGGACCUCCUGGAGAGGAGCUUCGCCAACGUCACGGAGCCCUUCAAGGUGUGGACGGAGAAUGCAGACAGGUCGGGUGCCGUGAACUUCCUGACAGGCAUGGGGGGCUUCCUGCAGGCGGUGCUCUUUGGGGUCACGGGGUUCAGGAUCACCGAGGCCGGUUUGACCUUCGACCCCAUGUGUCCCGCGGGGGUCUCCGGAGUGUGCAUCUCUGGCAUCUCCUACCAGGGGAGCAAGCUUGACUUUUCCUUCUCCGAGGGCUCUGUGACAGUUGAGGUCACUGCCCGGGCAGGGUCCUGGGCACCCCCACUGGAGGCUGAGCUGUGGCCAUCACAGGUUCGGCUCCCCCUGUCCCCAGGACACAAGGUCUCCUUUCCCUGCUCAGCUGGCCGGAUACAAAGGUCACACCUGUAGGAAGCAGGGGCAGCAAGUUCUACUCCAAGAGUUUCCUGGGAAGAUUUUUUGAAGACAUUAAACAUCUGCGCAGAGCCCACAGGACUCCCUCUGGGACAUCCUUGGGCCCUCCAGCCCCGCCGAGUCCCCCCCACCCUGGCCCAGUCCUGCCCCCUCCCCCAAAACGACCAGGGCUAUUGGCUUCAGGGAUGUCUCUCAGGUCCUCCCCCCUGGCCACUCCCUCUGCGGGUGCCCCCGCUGGCUGCACCCACCCCUCCUCAACGCCCUCCCAGCCUGCCGCCCCCUCCCACCCUCCUCCACAUGGCAGCCAGGCUCACGGGUUCCAAGGAAAGUCUGGAUUCUGUGGCCUAAGUUCAAGACUCUGCCUCUAGCCUGAGCCCCUCCCCAGCCUAACCCCCCAUGGAUGGGCAGCUUUCCUGCACCCUCACACAGCAUGUCUGCUCCCCCCCUCCCUCAGUGCCCCUUCCCUAGGACCCCACAGGCUGAGGUGGGGGAAUGGCCAACGGUUCUGCGGAGAAGACAGAGGCAGAUGCCGGCCUUGAUGGGGAGCACGGCAGGAUGAGGGGCGUGGGGGAGACUCAGUCUCCUGUGGGAUUACUUGGGACACCGAGUCACAGCUUCACCACAAAGGAACCUUCUGUGUCACACAAGGGAGCAUCAGCAACUGGGCACAGGCUGGACAAUGUCUGCUCCCCUCACCAAAUGUGGAGACCAGAAGACCAUCCCCUGCUUGGAGACAUGCACCCGGCUACACACAGGCUGACCCCUGCUCCCAGCCUCUGUGUCCAGCACGGGUUGGUCCCUUCCUGGGCCAAACGUGGAGCUCAGUGCUGGAACGCCGUCUCCAUCGUAGUCUGAGCACUGGCCUUGUCCUUAGUCCAGUGUAGGACCAGUGCCCAGGAAGGGGCAGUGCUCCAUCUCCACCCCAGGCCCCGGCCAGCACAACCGCUGGCUCAGAGCAGCGCACACUCAGCACGGGGCUGGGGUACCGCCGGCCUGCAGCUGGGACUCAUCUCUGCUGGCACGCUUUGGAGACAGCUGGACCAACUGUUGGCUGUCACAAGAGGGGGGCUACUCUGGGGGCUCCAAGUACAGCAGCUAGACAGAGACCCACGCCCCCAGCCCAGGCAGGAUGGGCAGGCAAAGGGAGGGAAGGGACCACGGGUUGGGUACUCGGAGCCCUGAGCCACCCUGUGGUUAAGGCCCCUGCAAUUAGCCUGCCCUGUCAUUGGCCCGGCCACAGCAAGGCCCAGAGGCCUCACCCCCCAACCACACAGGGUGUGCGUGUGUCUUUGGCAGCCCCCACUCUGCCAGGCUCUGCCGGGGCUGCUGGGGGGUUACAUAAGGGAGGUAAACUGACGCGACGAUGUGCACUCACGCCAGAGGCGCUCGGAAAAUGCCCUCGCCGCCGCCCCCCCCCCGUCUCCCUCUCUGUACAAUCGUGCGUGUGCGGAGGGUGCUCCUGUGCACGUGGGUGUGAUGGACGUGUGCACGGAUGAUGGUGUGACCGUGCCUGUGUGCUUGUGUGUCUGUGUCCAGCCCCACCGAUCCAGGAAGGAGGAAACCCACUGCUGGGACAGAGAUUGAUCAGAAUUAAAGGGACGCAGGGUCACAAGGACAGAGUGACCCAAAGAAGGAGGUCAGCACAGGCCCAGCCACGGACAGGAACGUGCAGAACAAGGGCAAGUCUCACUGGCCAGGGACUCCCCUUAACACGUGCACACACGCUGACUCGGGGAUGGGCAGACAUGUGGACGCGGAGACGCACCACACGCAUUCUGAAAGACAGGCCGCUAAACCACAGAGCGGCAGAGAUCAAAGCCCGACUCCCCAAACUUCAUUCUAAAAUACUCGGGCCCCUCCACCCAGAAGCCGCAGGCUACCCAGUGCCUAAGCAAAGGGGACAGUCGGGGCACCAAGCCGACAGGGCGGGGCGUCCACCAUGGACGCUGGGGGCAGUCCAGGGGGAUUUGGCUGCAGUGGUCCCUAGGGUAGCUCCCCUCAGGAAGAUGCCCUCCCCCACCCCAGCCAGGAACAGUCCUGGAAGGCACUUUCUGGAGCCAGGCGCUUUUAAUUGUGAAACUGAGGCUGAGCCUGGUGACUGGGGAGGGAGGAGCUGGCCUGGGGGCAUCGAGGUGAGGGUAAGGCCCUGGGGUCCCCGUGGAGGAUCUUCAGGGUCAGUGUUAGGUGCCCAGGCCGGGGCUGGAGGGUGGGCCUCAGGCCCGUAGGCAAGUCAGGGUUCCGGGUGAUGAGGGUGGAGCCCCCGGGGUUGGGGUCCCUGGGUCAGGGCGGGGACAGGGCCCAGCCUGUCAAUCAUAGUCUGAGUCGUCGAACUUGGUGCUGAAGAAGGCGGCGGAGCCCUUGGCCAGCCGGGACAGGUGCAGCGCGCCGGUCACCACCAGCGCCAGAAGCAGCAGAGGCGGCACCAGAGCCCACACCGCGGCCAGGAUGUUGUAGCACUUGGCUUUGGAGCCGAGCCGCCGGGCUGCUUCCAGAUCUCCGGUCACCUUCCGGUCUCGGGCCUGCGGGCCAGCAGCAGGGCCAGCUCUCUACACGUGCUUGGGGCCUGGGUGGGGCCUGCCACCCGGUCCCAGGCAGCCGCUGGGUCCACACCUUGGAGGACCCGAGCUAGACCCAAAAUCUGGAUGGAGGGGUGUGGCCUGAGGGGAUAUUGCCUGGGCUCCACCCACUCCCUUCACCGUCCCCAGCUGGGCACAUGGGCUUGGCCCGCCCAGGGGGCCUUGGGUCAUGAGGGGCUCAGCCUAAGGUGGGGCUGAAAGGAGACCCUGCAUUCUCCCACUCCAGCUAUGGACCCAGUGGCCCUCCCAGGCCAGCAUCAGCCUCCAAGGACCAACGAGGGUAGGGAGUCCUCAGCGGUGCUGAGAGCGUUUGAUGGAAGAGACCCCCUUGGGUAAGGCCCCAUCGACCCUGGGCGCUUUGGGACAAACUAGACCCCCCCUUUCGUUUUUAUGAACGGCACCCCAGCCUCAGUGGAGAAGCCCUCAUGAGGGAGGGUCUCCCACCACCGUCAGGCUGACGGACGGCCCCGUGGAGACUCCUGCACCCCAACUUGAUAAGCAGCCCCCAUGAAACGCUCUUGGGCCCCCUCGAAGCGCCCCAAGGCCCACCUUGAUGGAGUAGGCCAGCGCCAGGAAGCCGAGGCAGCACGGGUUCAGGUAGAGGGUGCUGAACACCGACCAGAUCAAGUGGUCUCGAGGUGGGGGUCGCGGCGCCCCCAGCGUGAGGGCCGUGUGGGCGGUGCCGUCGGCCUUGCGGGGCGUCGGGGCCCGGGGGUCCUCGCGGGGGUACGACGUGUCCAUGGGUUCCAGCGCCGUCUCCUCGCUCGGACUCCUGCUUCGAGGGUGGGCGCCCCGGCCGCUUAUAGCCCCCGCCGCCGCCCGGCUGACCGGCCCGCCGCUAAAUUUAACGACAAAUGACAGCCCGGAGCUGAGCGGUCGGCCCCGCCCGCCCGCCCCGCCGCCCCGCCGCCCCGCCGCC